CUCUUUUUCACCAACGAUCCAAUAUGACAACCAGAGCAAAGAAGACCAGGAAGUUGCGUGGUCAUGUCAGUCACGGUCAUGGUAGGGUAGGCAAACACCGCAAGCAUCCAGGUGGCCGUGGUAAUGCCGGUGGUCAGCAUCAUCACAGAAUCAACUGGGAUAAAUACCAUCCUGGUUACUUUGGUAAAGUUGGUAUGCGCCACUUUCACUUGACCAACAAUAAGUACUUCAAGCCAGCACUGAAUCUAGACAAACUGUGGUCUCUGGUGUCAGAACAGACCAGGGAACAUUACAAGAAGAAGCCAAAUGGCCCAGCUCCAGUCAUUGACUGUGUUAGAGCAGGUUACUUCAAGGUUCUUGGCAAAGGAGUCCUUCCAAAACAGCCCGUUAUUGUAAAAGCCAAAUUCUUCAGUCGCAGAGCUGAGGAACAAAUCAAGAAAGUUGGUGGAGCUUGUGUCCUGGUUGCAUAGAAAGACAAUAAAAUAUAUUGAGAAUGUACAAAGUGAAAAUAAAUGGGCUGAACUCUAUAU